UGUUUAAGUGGUGUUAUUGUAUACAGAUUAAUAAAAGGGAAAACAAAAUCCAAGUGGAGCUGUUAAAGAGAUUGCUAGCCAUGGCGGGCCCGUCCGACGGGGAUCCCGACGGAUGGGUCGAGUUCUGUGAGCGUCAGGCCAAAGCUGCCGCUCCGGAAUUCGCCAAGGCAGCGUAUUGGAAAUACGUCCAGAGUAGUGCCACAGACCCCACCUCCCGACCCAGCGUAUCCCACAAAGACCUGCUAAAGAAAUUUGUUGACAGUUUUUCCGACCAGUUUGAGAUAGAAAUUGGUAGACUAAAAGCGCAACACAAGGUGCCGAACGGGACGCACACAGGUCACGACGAAAGCGAUUAUUCGGAGGACACCGACUCGCCUAAAACACAGCACAAGCCAUUCUUCAGAAGAUUAUCAUUUAAAGGACUGAGAAGAGGGAAGGGUCUGUUCCACAAACAGCAUUCGGACGAGGUUGAAUUAUCGUCUAAUUUGAACAAACAGAGUAAGACUAAGUUAGCCAAAAUAGUUGUAGAAUGUAGGAAAGAAGGUUUGGUUAAUUAUUUAACUCCUGAAAGCUUGGAGCAGCCCUCCGGCCCGCAAAAAUGGGAGAAGUGUAGACUGGCUCUAGUGAAAACUGUAGGAGGUUAUAUGUUGGAAUUCUACUCCCCGCCGAAAGCUCAGAAGCCCAGGAGCGGGGUGUUCUGUUUUCUCAUAUCAGAGGCGAGAGAAACUACAGCUUUAGAAAUGCCGGACCAUGAAAAUACUUUUGUAUUGAAGGCCGACAACAACAUGGAGUAUGUAAUAGAAGCUGCAGACGUAGAUGACAUGAAGUCCUGGCUAGCCACAAUCAAGUACUGCAUGCGAUCAGCACCGACAACACAACCCCCACCUGAUGCGCUACCCGGCCUACCUGAGCCGGCGCCGCCUGACCUGCCCCCGAGGAGAGAUCUACCUGCCAGCACUAGCAAUGCUGACUUAGCUACUGAUACUCCUGAAGAGGCUGAAUUAGGUUCAAUAGCAGAAGAGGCGUGUACAGCGCGCGUGUCGCUAGCGGAAUGGCCGUGGUUCCACGGCACGCUGGCGCGCGCGGCGGCCGCGGCCUGCGUGUUGGCCGGGGGCUCCAACGCGCACGGCUGCUACUUGGUGCGCCAGUCCGAGACCAGGCAGGGGGAAUAUGUGCUUACGUUUAAUUUCCAGGGCCGCGCCAAACACCUCCGCAUGACGCUCAGCGAGACCGGGCAGUGCCGGGUCCAGCACCUCUGGUUCCCUAACGUGCACGAUAUGCUCGAGCACUUCAGGGCUCACCCCAUCCCGCUCGAGUCGGGCGGCGCGGCCGACGUCACGCUCACCGAGUACGUGGUCAGCGCCGUCGGGGACAACCGACAACUGGGCGUAACGCACGGGAGCGACGUAAGGAUGCGCCGGGCGGAGCUUGAAGCCCUGCUGGUCGCCAGCGGAGCACCCCACGACCGCGCCGUAGACAACCAGUACAGCUUCGUGUAAAAUACGGACAGAG